AUGACAAACAUAGCGCAAAUAUACCGACCUCUCUUCGGGUCCAAAAAGAAUAAGAAUCAAGGACUUAGAGUUGACACGAAUGUCGUUUACUCAACGCCUACGGAUGUCAUGACACCUCCAUCCUCCGGCGCUCUGUCGGAUUCUGCCAUGUCGACUACAAAUUAUCACACAAUGAGAGGCAAUACCAAUACGAUUACACCGCCUGAAUCACCGGUGUCGCCCAUGAAUCCUAACCAAGAAUAUCGGCGAAACCCUCAACCAGAUAUGAGAGUGAUAGUGGAGGGUGCAGAUAUUUCAAGUCCGGGUUCAGCAGAGUUUAUCGAACACGUGAGUGAGAUUAUUGAAGACGAAGAGAUGGGUACGACCGAGAAUUGUGCGGAGAAUCUCGCAGAAGACGUUCGCCCGGUUAGAAGUGAAAAGAGGAUGAGCUUUUGGAGGUUUAAGGGGAAAGGAAAUCAAAGGGAGACGGACGAGGUGACGCCUCCGGUAAGUGGGGGUGUGAUUGAUAGCUCCAACCCUCGUGCGUCUGAUGGAUCAAUUGGCGUUAAAGUUGGGCCUAGUGGUGGAUUUCCAUGGUUUAAACGAAAGGGGAGCAGAAAGGGGCAGGAGAAAGAGAAGGCGAAGGCAAAACAAAAGGAAGAAAGUGAAGAAAUUGUUGAGACGUCACCAACUACACCUGUGUUCAAUUCGCCUUCCUGGGGUUCAAAAUCGACGAGCAAUGGAAAAUGGAAGGGCAAAGAGAUUGGGAACGAGGGAGAUAGGAGGAGAAAUAGGAGUGAGGGCGAGGUUGCACUAUUAAAAGAGGUAAGAGAAGGGGAAGAGGAAGACAAAAAGGGAAAAGGCAGAAGGUGGACACUACCUCGGAUUGGAAGAAAGAGUGUUAUAGACGCGCAGAAAAAGGAGAGUCCAUCGGAACGGUUGGAGAGAGAGCGGCUGGAGAGAGAACGGGAAGAACGGAACAUCGCUAAUAGGGCAAAAUAUCCCGAUGGUGUUCUUGAUUGUUGUAAAGACGAAUUCAAUGAUCAAGGACAAUGCGCUGAAGGCCAAAUGAAUGAGUUUAUGUUAACUGCUAAGAAUCUCAAGGCCGAAGCCAAGGCCAGGAAACAAAGUGUCACUGCUCGAGUAAGACCCUAG